ACCACAAUUUCUAUAUAAAUAGUUUACAUAACUUUAAAAUUAUAAUCUACCUCCACCAAUAUUCAUUCUCUAUAAUUGAAUAUGGAUUCUAAGUUAGUGUUAAUAACAAUAGCAUUGAUAUUAAUCAGCAAUGCAAUGGGGGACUCAGCACAAGAGAAACAAAAAUGUGCAGAACAACUAACAAAUACUGCAACAUGCUUGCCAUAUCUUGGUGGUGAUGCAAAAGCUCCCACAUCAGAUUGUUGCAGUGGCCUCAUAGAAUCCUUAAAGAACAACAAAAAAUGUGUCUGUCUUAUCCUCAAAGACAGGGAUGAUCCUGACCUUGGAUUGAAGAUUAAUAUCACACUUGCACUUGGUCUCCCUUCGCUUUGCAAAGCUUCUGACAAUUUCUCACAGUGCCCUGCACUGUUGCACUUGGAUCCUAAGUCAGCUGAAGCUCAAUCUUUUAAUAAACCUGAUCCGAACUCAAAUGGCGGCUCUAGAACUCCCUCUCCUAGUCCUUCUGCUGAAGGAAGUUCCCAAAAUGGGAAAAACAAGGAUACAACUGAAACGGCAACUGCAAAGAACUGUGCAUCUAAUAAGGGACAGAGACUGUUGCAAAGUUUUCUUGCAGGGCUUCUACUUUGGUUUUCUAUAUAGCCUAGCUCAAAUAGCACCAAAAAUGUCAAUUAUGUUACCCUUUUCACAUCAUCUGAAAAUGUAUAAUGUAAAAGACUGCUGACACCGGAUUACAAGAGACUAAAAUUUUUCAGUAGCUCUGUUGUUAUUA